AUGGUUGGAAGUGAUUCCUUGGGAUUCUCUGAGCUUGUUGCUAUAGGAGCUCGUGUUGAAUAUGGCUUAAGAAAUGGUAAACUUGCAGCUGUGGUUGGAACUUCAAGCGAUAAUCCGAAGAAGUUCUCUGGAGGGUUUCUAGAAAGAAGGAAGGUGAAACUAAUGAUGUGUCUAUUGGACAAGGAAGAGCCCCUCCAAGAAGGAGACAACAACAAUAUUCACAACAGCAUUUAUCGACCUGCUCCAGCUCGACAACGUGCUCCUGCUCCCCUAGUUUAUCAGCAAGCAUCAGCCGCUCCUGCCUAUCAACAACCGAGAGCUCAGGCUCCAAGACAAAAUGCUCCGAAUCAAAACAGGAGGCAGGGGGAUAGGGCAACCUUCAAUCCAAUUCCAAUGUCGUAUAUUGAGCUUUAUCCCUCUCUAUUGCAAAAAGGUUUGGUGGUUCCUAGACCUAUGGGACCUCCACCUGAUUGUUUGCCUCCAUGGUACAACCCUAAUGCACAUUGUCCUUUUCAUGAGGGUGCCCCCCGGCAUGACCUAGAGGGUUGCUAUGCUUUGAAGCAUAGGAUUCGUGAGCUUAUCGAUAGCAAGAUUCUAUCUUUUAGGGAUAUGGGACCAAACGUGAAGAAUAACCCUCUUCCUCCCCAUGGAGACCCUACAGUGAAUGCAAUUGAAGAUGCCGCUGAUGGAGUUAUGGUUGAGAAGGUUGAUGAUGUUAAGACUCCUUUGGCAGUCCAUGCCCGAUUGGUGGAAGCUGGCCUGAUUAACUUCAUGAACCACGAACACCCUUACUUCAAUCUACUUGAACCAGUUGAAAUCCCUUACUACAGUAAUAGAGUGGUGUCUUCGAAUAGUCAUUUGUCACCUGUUGAGAUUUGUAUGCCUACGCCAUUUCCAUAUGAAAGCACCAAAGUUGUGCCUUGGAAAUAUGAGAUUACCGCUAUGGACAAGGUCGUUGAAGGAAGUGAAGACAGUGAAGUGACAGAAACUGCGAAUGAGGACGUCACCAACAUUACAGGAGUGAGCAGAAUGACCCGUAAUGGUCGGAUUUAUACGCCUGAAUUCAAUGUGACCCCUCAAGCUCCACCCAAGGAAUCUACCAUUAUAGAUCCUGCUAAAGAGCCCGAAGUGUUGAUCAAGAAAAGUGAUUACAAGGUUGUGGAUCAACUGCAUCAGACAUCAUCUAAGAUUUUUAUUAUAUCUCUGUUAUUGAACUCCCAAGCCCAUUGGGAGGCUUUGUUGAAUGUGCUUUCCCAAGCUCAUGUAACACAAAGCAUAACAGUAGACCAAUUUGGUGGGGUGGUUGCAAACAUCACAGCUUGCAAUACUUUAAGCUUUAAUGGAGAAGAAUUACCUGAAGAUAGACAAAAUCACAAUCGUGCUCUCCAUAUCUCAGUAAAGUGCAAAGAUGGUGCUUUGGCAAGAGUCUUGGUUGAUACAGGAUCUUCUUUAAAUGUGAUGCCAGAGAGAACACUUGCUAAGUUAUCUUAUCAAGGACCAGCUAUGAAGCCCAAUGCCUUAAUAGUGAAAGCUUUUGAUGGUUCCCGGAGAACCGUGAUUGGAGAGAUUCAUGCUGCAGGGGCAGUCACCUCCACUCUACAUCAGAAAAUGAAGUUUGUGAUGGACAAUCAACUGACCAUCAUUUCUGGGAAAGAGGACUUUUUGGUUAGUCACUUUUCAUCCUUCAGAUAUAUCGAGGCUGAUGAGGAUGCUUUGGAAACUUCUUUCCAAGCUCUUGAAAUAGCGAAUGCCACUUUUGGGGAUAUGAAGGAUCCUAUUGGGAAAGCUUGUUCAUUUUUCACUUCUCUGAAAAGCGUGAAGUCUAGCAUUGAAGGAGGAAACCCUGAAGGUUGGGGUCAGCUUAUUGAUGUUCGUGAGAAGCAUGAUCGCUUUGGUCUGGGAUAUGUGCCUUUCGCUGCGAAAGGAGCCCGAGUCCCUACAAAGGACAACACCCAAAGCAUCCAGGAAGUUUUCCUCAGCACAUGA